AUGAACAACAAAACUAUCUACAAGACCACUAAUCCUCCUCAACUCCUUCCGUCAAAUUACUUCGAAAGUAUUAGUAAUCCUAAUGAAUUAUUCGAAAACAAUAACUAUUAUAUAUUUAAAGCAGAAAUAGUUCCAUCUUUAAAUAAUUUGAAGGAAAUUCUUAAAUCAAACGAUCCAUCGUAUAUACUGAUAUGUAAUAGACCUAAUGAAUCAAUUUUUUCUACUCAACCAAGGAAUAAAACGAAAAAUUUGAAAUUUGUAUACGACAAAAUAUCUGUUGGUAUAGAUGUUCCGGUUGAAUAUGCACUACAUGAUACGCAAAGCUUGGUCGUCGACAAAUUUCCACAAUUACAAGGAAAAUUAUUAAAAUUCAUCCUUAAAGGUAAAAGAAUUGACAAUGUCCAAGCCCAAGAUAUUAGCGAACUGGACCAAAUAUCAGUUAGUGACAUCAAAAGCAAAGAUUUGCAAUUAAGCAAAUACAAAAUUUAUUUUGAAGGCCAAAAUUACGAAAUGGAGUUCCAAACUAAUUCUACGGUCGAUUCCGUUUUUAGCGAAAUACGCAAAUGCAUUAAAAAGUUAGAAAACGUUCCAAAAUUUACUUUAUCGCAUAAUGAGAAAAUACUCCAAUCAAAUGACAUUGUCGGUGCGAUAAAUACGAAUGUACACCCAAUCUGCAUCGAAGAUCCAACGAUAAUCUUCAGACUUUUGAUGGAAGAUUAUCCAAUUACCUGCAAAUUCGGAUCCACGUUUAAAGACAUUCCGAAACUAUUAAUCGAAAAAUACCCAUCGAAAUUUAAAUACCAUCAGAUUAAAUUCUAUUUGUCACAAACCGAAAUUCCAUUAGAAACUUCGGUUGAUAAGUACAAUGGAUUGACAGUUGACCUUUCCCUGCCUGAUAGAAACACGGUUGUGAACUUUAUUUACAGUUCAAAUCCUUCAAAUUUAACUCUCGUUAAAGGAUUAAAGGUUGCAAUGAGCGAUAAGUGGUCAGAUGUCAAGAAUAAGCUUUGUGAAGAACUUCGUGUCUCUCCUAGUAAGAUUGCAUUAUCAGAAGUUGAUGAUAAUCAAUUGGUCGGAGAAAAACUUGACGAAAUGGGCCAACCAUCCGAAAUUGCAAUCAAAGUGUUUAUUAAAUCAGAUUCAGAACCGCAAACUCCUCCAGUCGAGAAUAUUUCACCGAUUUCGAGUCCAAAAUCAAAUCCAAAUUCACCAUCUCUUACUGCUACCGAAAGAGGAAUCAUAGAUAUGGGAUUCACUCUUGAACAAGCAAGAGCUGCUAUUAGUGUUGUUGGAAAUGAUAUUAGUAGAGCAGUAUCUUACAUUUUCGACAAUGCUGAUAAAAUUGCAAGAGGUCAAAAGCCUGAAGCAUCUCCACCUCCUUCACAUUCUUCAUCAAUGACAGUCAAUCAAACAAAAGUUGAGGAAAUUUCUCAAAAAUUCCAAGCAGCUGUUGACAGCUCAGUCAACGGAGAAGAUCUCAAACAGAUGACUGAAAUGGGUCUACCAUAUGAACAAUCCAAAUAUGCUUUAUUUAUUGGUAAUAACAAUAUUGGAACUGCUGUUGAUCUUAUUACUACUCCAAAGAGGAAUAGAUAUAGCAUAGAAAUAUUAUAUUCAUUAUGUAGAAAUGCUUUCCAAAAGUCAAAGGAUCCUGGAAUCUUUACAGACUGCAAACCAUAUUUAAGACCUCUUUGGCCUGAUUUAGCUGAUGGAAUUACACCUAACGAACAAGAGAAUUUAAGGAGUAUGGCUAUUAAAGAAGGAUAUAUUAGAAAUUAA